AUCACGACCUUCUUGUAUCAACUGCCGAAGCCAAAGCCAACCAACAGAAUCAUGGCCACCAAACCAAACAGUGUACCAAGAACCAAAGACACCGAAUGUUUGAAUGCCUCUCCUACUGCACAGUCCUGUCAUGGCAACACGCACAUCCCGAAAUCUAUCCCCCAAGGACCUCACAGCCUCUACUUCCCCAUCAUCCACUCAACCCCUUGUUCCUACCCUCCAUGAAAUUACACCAAAAAGCACCACAGUUAUACACGUAAGUACGGCAAUCGAGAAACAAGCACCUCACGAUCCCCGUAAACUCGCACGUACACCCGUCUUGUCGGGGAUGUGUCUUCAAUAUACAUUCCAGAGGGGGGAAGUG